AUGCGUGCACAGACAAACCCUACUCCAGCUAAACGGCAACAACGUGUAGCUGCUGCAGGACCUCCGACAAGCACAGCCGCAGUUCACCCCGCUGCCUUUUCUCGGGCGAUCCGGCUCGCGGCCGGUUCCCCUCGGGAGGAGCAGCGGCAGCAGUCGGAGGAGGGGCACCCCGCUCGGCCAGGCCUCCUCGGCGGCACCGCCGGCCUCCCCGGCGCCGUGGGCGGGCGCGGGGGCGGCCCCUUCCCGCCCGGCCUCCUCGGGCCCCCCCGGCCCGUGCCCUACAGGCGCUUUGACUACCGGCCAAAAACCGAUCCGUACUGCCAAGCUCGUUACACCUUCUGUCCCACUGGCUCUGCCAUUCCACUCAUGAAAGAAGAGGAUGUCAUUGAAGUGUAUCGAUUACAGGCUCCAGUGUGGGAAUUCAAGUAUGGGGACCUACUAGGGCAUUUGAAAAUUAUGCACGAUGCUGUGGGUUUCAAGAGCUCACUGACAGGCAGAAACUACACAAUGGAGUGGUAUGAGCUCUUCCAGCUUGGGAACUGCACAUUUCCACAUCUGCGGCCUGGCAUGGAUGCACCGUUCUGGUGUAACCAGGGAGCUGCCUGCUUUUAUGAAGGAAUAGAUGAUGCACACUGGAAGGCAAAUGGAACUUUAGUUCUUGUGACCACAAUAUCAGGAGCCAUGUUUAAUGACAUGGCACAAUGGGUAAAAUACGACAAUGAGACUGGCAUUUACUACGAGACCUGGACAGUUCAAGCAAGUCCUGACAAAAAGUCUACAGUGUGGUUUGACGCUUAUGAGUGCUCCAAGUUUAUAUUGAGAACCUACCAGAAGCUAGCUGACUUAGGAGCUGUUUUUAAGAAGAUACAAACAAACUAUACAAGCAUAAUUUUAUUCAGUGGAGAACCUGUUUAUUUGGGGAAUGAAACAUCUAUUUUUGGACCACAAGGAAACAAGACACUGGCAGAGGCUAUAAGAGACUUUUACAGUCCAUUUAAACCUCAUCAGAGUGUCAGAGAGUUUUUUGUGGAUAUUUUCAAAAUAAUUGAUCAUGUUGUCUUGAAUCAUCAGUUUUACCUCUUCUACAACUUGGAAUACUGGUUUUUACCUAUGAAGUCCCCUUAUCUCAAAAUAAUUUAUGAAGAGGUCCCCUUGCCUGUUGGAAGCAAAGCAUCCUUUGGUGUAUGACUGCCUCCUGAAGAACAAAACUUGCCUUUAUGGCAGAAUAUUCUUAAGGAUUUUGGUGUUGAAAAGUUGUAUGUUUCACUGCUGACUGUAAGAAACUGUGUCGGGAAGGCUUUGCUGUACCAGGUAGAAGACUCUGCAUUGUGUUCUUACUACCUGUAUAACACAUUCAUGAAUGCUUCAGCAUGUCUGACCUGGCCAGCUUCUGUGCAACCACGGCCCCUGCUGCCUGUAGGGAGACUGCAGUGGCUGCUCUGGCUGAGCUCUGCAGUGCCAGAGGGGGAGGGGGGAGGCAGCUGCCUGCUCUGGGCUCAGGUGCUCUCCACAUGCAUGGCCACGUGGCAGCAGAUGGCACCUGGCCACCAACAGAGGUGGGACACAAGUUACAAGGACUAACUCGCUCAGUGUGAGUGUCUUGAUGCGUCCAGUUCCUUCAACAUGUGCCUUGUCCUGGUGUUCCUAUAGUUCUUUGGUUGGUACAGCCGGGACCUAUGAACCUUUCUCUGGUAUUCUAGGGCAGUGAAUGUACUGGAGGAUGGCAUGGGUGUUGGUUUUUCACAACUUUGUUUCCUUCUACUGCAUUGUAAACACAAUACAGAUGGCUCUUCUUCAGA